AUGGAAAAUCGACAAAAUAUGUCAAAUUCUAACGAACCAUCACAUAAUACAACGCAACGAAAUUCCACACAACAAAGUCAACCUUUACAACUUAAUAAUUCUCUAGAACCUUGUUAUAAUCCAACAUUUUUCACGUUACAGGGCUCUAAUAUUAGUGUGCAAGAUAUUCCAAGCGAAAUACCUCACCUUGGUCCAUUCACUUUUGAUUUCUUUAGACAUCGACAACCAUUGUUGCGGUCAAAUUUCAGACCACAAAUCGUCCCGAUUUUUCAUAGUUCUGAUCUUAACUUUUUCAGUCCUUAUUCUUUGCAAAGUUUACCUAACCAAAAUCUCAAUAAUCUUUCAUUUUUACAAAAUAUUGAACCACCGCGAUUUAUACAAUAUAAUUCUUUGUCUCCACAUUUCAUAAGAAGAGUAGAUGAUACUUCUUUAUUACCUGUCACAUCGCAAGUGACCACUCCUUUUAUUCCUACUUCACGUUUUCGAGCCUUACCUUUUACAACAAUUUCUCCUGUUAGUUUACCAUCCGUAGCAUCACUUGAAUCAUCUAUUGUGUUGGAACCACUUGAUUUAGCAAUUUCUUCCUCAACCAUUCGUCUGCCAACUUCAACCACUUCAAACGAGGGUCUUACGGAAAGUGCUAACAUGGUAACAAUAAGCAUUCCUGUGCAAACAGAACCCACGGAUGAAAAAAAAAGAGACAUCAUUGAAUCUCCUAAACGAAAAUCCGAAAAAGAAAUGCUUAAGGACCCAAGGAAAAAAUCUCGGAGACCUUCUAGUACAUUUAACGAUACGAUGGAUAAUGAUAAUGUUUCGAUUAUUAGAGAAGCAACCAUGACACUUGAUUCUGAAAGAGAACGUGAAGUAAAUAAAGAAACUGGGGAACAAUCUCUUAGACGUUCUGUACGAAUCGCAGGGGAUAAACAAAAACGUGUUUUAUUCUAUGAAACUUUAUCACAACUAUCAAAGAAGAGGAAAAGAAUGGAUGAGAGUGAUAGCAAUGAUAAAGCGAAACCUGAUGAGCUUCCAAAGAGGCGUAGAGGAAGGCCUCGUAAGAAUGAACAGAAACCAAAUGGUCGACCACGUGGUAGGCAACCAACGAGGCCUCCUUUAAGACGAUCUAAAAAAACUCCAAUGAAUUAG